CAUUGAAAGUUUUCACUUGGAGCUGCAAAAGAUGACCGCUCAAGAGUCCCUGGAUGAUUCCUUUUUUGAGAAGUACCAUACAAAUUUAUAAAAGAAUGCCCUCGGACCUGGAAUUGGGCUUGAAGGAAACAGGAAAGGCCUUGUUUCUGCUGCACAUUUUGUUACCAUAUACUGUGGCAACUUUAGCCGGCAGCCUCUCGACUGUUGAUUGAUGGUCCUUUUUUUGUUGUGUUUCUGUUUGUAUUUUGGCUUCAAGUGGCAGGAAAAAUCAAGAAAAAAAAUGUGUUAGAAGAAAAAAAAAUCCUUAUAAUUGAAAACAGUUAUUCCAGUGUUGUUAUAUAUAUUAUUUAUUUAUUUUUAGUUGCAUAAUGAGGAUAAAUUCCUUUUAUAAUU